AUGCCACUCACGUCCAAGAGAUCCAGCGCGGGGAAUCUGGUGCUCUUGGUGGGUCUUGUUCUGAUCAUGGGAUCUUCUACCUCUGCCUCGGAGGCAUUAAGCUCUAGCUCUUUUACCACCAAGAAUGGAAAGACGGCAUUCACAAAACACAACAGUUUUGGCCACUUUCAAGACAAGAAGAAGAACGGACAUAAGGGCGUCAAUGGCGAGGAGACGAAUGGAAAAACCAAUGGAAAAACCAAUGGACAUCAUGACCCUGAUGCUACUGCCACCAAUGGCAAUUACCAAAAUGGCAAAAGGAACGGCAAUAAUAAGAAGAAUGGUGUAUCACCUGCAUUUUUGCAACGCACUGGCCAGCGAGAAGCCGACCGCGUGGUAGAAGCAGAAUACAUUGCCGAUACCAAGCUACCCACCGAUGUGGGCCAGUUCCAGCUCAGAGCGUAUCGAGUUCGCAAUGGCGAAGAAUUGGACGAAGAUAUGGUGGGCGACAUCGAGCCGUACCAAAAUACCAACGCUCUGGAACCGGUAGUCAUCUACUCCUCGGACAAGCCACCCUUUGGAGAAGAUGGACGCCUAGCUCAAAAUGUCCCCGUUCGCAUUCACGAUCAAUGCCUUACAUCGGAAGUCUUUCGCAGUCAACGAUGCGACUGUAAGGAACAGCUAAAGCUAGCUUUGGAGUUUAUCCAGGAGCACGGAGGUGCCGUCAUUUACCUGCAACAAGAAGGCAGGGGAAUCGGUCUUGCCAACAAAGUGGCUGCGUAUGCAUUGCAGGACAUGGGUAUGGACACAGUGGAUGCCAAUCUGCAUUUGGGAUUCCCUGAAGACUGCCGCAAAUACGGUGUCGUUCCCACUAUUCUCAAAGACUUGGGAAUUGGAAGCAUUCAACUCAUGACGAACAACCCGCGAAAGGUGGAACGGUUGAGUGCCUUGGGAGUGGAAAUUGUGGAUACUGUCCCCAUCUUGGCCAAUGCCAAUCAAUACAAUCGAAAGUACUUGGAAACCAAACAGGAGCGAAUGAAUCAUUCCAAUUUUGGACACAUUCUCUCCGGUGAUAGUCUUCCACCUCGCGGAAUAUCUCAAAUGAACGGUGUGAUGGCACCACGACGCACCGCAGAACAAGAAACCUUGACCGCUGCUGCCAAUGCCAUUGAGGUGUCCCUUCACAUGGAAGGAACAUCAGUCCUUGACAGCGAAACCGAUGUCACUGAUGACGAGGCGGAACUGGGCGUCACCGCCCACGAGGAUGGAUAUUGCUUUGGCCGUCAAUCCGUCGAGGAUGCCAUUGCUGCCGUUGCAAGAGGUGAAAUGGUGGUGGUAGUGGACGACAUGGACCGCGAGAACGAAGGAGAUUUCAUCAUGGCAGCCGACGCCUGCACACCCUUGGAUGUUGCCAAAAUUGUUCGGUAUUCUAGUGGUGUCAUUUGCGUUGCUAUGGAAGGCGAACGAAUGGACGAACUUAAAUUGCCAGCCAUGGUGUCCAAUAGUGAAGAUCCAAAGGAAACUGCUUUCAGCGUCACGGUGGAUGCCACCCCCGAACAUGGAAUCACCACGGGAAUUAGCGCCGGUGACCGUUCCAAAACAAUCCAAUUACUGGCCAACGCUGAUGCUAAAGUCACUGACUUCAAUCGACCGGGACAUUUGUUCCCUCUACGCGCAAGAGAAGGUGGUGUCUUGACCCGUGAUGGCCACACCGAAGCAGCCGUCGACCUAUCGCGUUUGGCUGGACUGUCACCAUGCGGUGUUCUCUGCGAAAUUGUUUCGGAAGAAAAUCCGGCCGAGAUGAUGCGUCUACCCGAAAUCAAGAGAUUUUGCCGACAACAUGGGUAUGUCUUGACAAGCAUUGUCGACCUCGCGCAGUACAGGAGAGACACGCAGCAAUAA